UGAGCUUCUACUAAGAAAGGAGAUUUUUUUUUAGAUUGCAGCAUAGAGCGGACUAGCUACUGAUCUUCUUCUUCAACUUCUACUAUUAAUUUCUAUUGUUCUCUUCAAUUUGGUGUUUUGCUUUUUAUGGUUAGACAAGAUAUUUAAAGUGGAUUGCUUUGGAAAAGCAGUUAAUUAAAUGAAAUAUUAAAUGAAAUAAUAUUCCUAUAUUAUUUUGGAUGUGUUGUGAAUUUGUUUGAUAUGUAUAUGUGUUUGUGGCUAUGGAGUAAGUGGACGUAAACUUAAAACUUGAGGUAUUCAGUGGGCCUUCAGGGGUAUUUAAUGGACCUUUGCACAGUAGGGUGAGUGCCGUGAUUAACUCCGGACCAAUGGUACUUAAAGGAGGUGUGUUACAAAAGUAGUCUCUUUUGUAGUUCAUAAUGAUUUUGACUUCCUUUAGACUAGCAUACCAGUUCAAGGAUGAAGUGGUCUCUUUAAUGGAUAGACUACAUCCGUUUUUAUGUAUGAAAUCUGCAAAAGCAAAGAAGGUUAAGAAGGUUAUCCUGCCCAGAACUAUACCAAUUGGCCAUUCUAUUUCUAAUGUCUCUAAUGAAGUUGAUGCUGCCACUUCAAAUGCUAACCUACUAGAAAAUGGAGGUGAUCUUAAGCCUUUGAAUAGGGGCAUACCAAAAAAUAGUUCAUUCUUGAUUCCUAUUCUUGAUUAACUUCAAUUGGGUUUUUUUGACAGCAUUCUAUCUGGAACAGAGUUUUCUCUCAAGUUCUUAUUUUAAUAUCUUAAAUAUUAAUAAUGUUUAUUUCCACGUAUAUGCUCCUAAUUAUUUUUUGUUUUUCAUAUUUUAUUUCCAGUGAUAUUCUAAAUCAAACUAUUAAAUUUGCAAAGCCUCCAUCAAAUGUGAAUGCUCCUUUUUCUCUGGAAAACUAGUUUGCUUUUAAAAUUUGUAUGAAUUAUUGUCAUUUGUUUUGUUUUUCAAUUUAAUUUAUUUAUAAUUUAAAUUUAUAAUAAUUUUAUUAAAAUAUUUAAAUAUCCAGUGGUUUAGAAGAUGUUGGUGACAUGGUUGUUAUUGCUAGAGAUGUCAACAAAGUGCUCUCAAAUAGGUUAGUGUGUUGUUGUUAAACUCUAGAGUAAAGCCUCCCUUUAAAAGAGGUCUAACAGAAACAUCAAAAAACAAAAAAGAAUCACUUGAUCAUUUAAAUAUUCAUUAUAAAACUUAAUUUUCUUAUUAUUUUACUACAUGUAAAUGGUUUUUUGUUUCGUUUUACAUUUUCGAAGUAUGAAAUUUCAAUAGUAAUUUGCUAAAUCAAAUUGCAAAAGACUUGCCAUCUUAGUCUGUCAAAAUUUGAGAGUUCUUACUUUAUAAUAAAAACAUGUUAAUGUGUUGUGGUUACGUGUUCUGGCAUGCUCACUCAACAUUGGUUCAUGUAUUCAUGCUUAAUUUUUCAUUGCUUAUUGGAUGUAAUGGUCAAGUAGCAGUCAAUGUACAUAAUUCAUUUGCAGAUGCUUAAUGUGAUAAUGCAAUUGAUCAGCAAGUAGAAAAGAUACCAAAUAAAGUUGAUUCAUCUAUUGGAAAGUACAUGUAUAUUGUUUUACUUCUCAAUUUUAUCAAAAUUUUAUUAAUUAAUUGAUUUGAUUUAA